AUGGCUCUGUGCAUAUGGCUCAACCAAUACAGAGUUCAUGCCGCCAACAAGCUCGAGUCGCGCCACCCGCGCGUCGCGCUCUGCGAGCUGCGCGAGCAGGCGCUGGCGCAUGUGACCAGCAAGGCUGACGCCGCUGCUCUCUGCCUCGCCUGCGACCGCGAUAUCCACUCCGCCAACCGCCUCGCCAGCUGCCACGAAUGCAUCCCCAUCACACUGUUCUUCGAGUCCGAACACUCAGUCAAGGCCUCCUCGCCGAUCAACUUCCACCACCGCUUCUUCUCCGACAUUGACGCUGACGCUGACGCUAACGUCAGCAUCGAGGAGGCCGAGGUCACAUCCUGGCUGCUAGCUAAUCCGAAGACAGAUCUAAAUUCGUCUCAGUACUUGUUCUCUGAAACCAAACUGGUUCCUUACAUAGAUCUGGAUUACGCGGCCAUGGAUCCAAAGACGGAGCAGAACAGUUCCGCCACCGCCGACGACGUCGUUCUGAUGCAGAGCAACUUCAAGUCGUUCACCUACGAGCACCAAACUUCUUUCUUCACAGCUACUUCUCUCGAUCUAGAACCUUCGGAGUGA